ACACACAGACGUCCCAGGAAGCGUGCCUGGGUCCCACCGCCGCCCGACGACGACGUUCCUGCAGCGCGCGAUGCUGCAUGUCGAAAGAGGCGGCGCUGCGCCAACGCUGUUUCCAGGGGGUCGAUUCCACCGCCGGAACGAACGCGCGAGAUCGACGGGCACCCAGUUAGGGAAACAUCGCGAAGUUCGAAACCGCACAGAAGCUGAUCGCGCAUGACAAGACUUUGUGAAACGUCUCGUAUGCCACUCGACUACGCAAACGGAGCGUGGAAAUAGCUGAGAAAUGCAGCUAUAAGGAAUCGGAGAAGGCUGUAUACGGCAUAACUGCAAGUAUAUUAGAAGAAACCCCUAUAGCUUCUGUGGCAAAGACUAGUGCCCCACGUGACCUUGCAAAAAGGAGAAAUGAAACUUCAAGUCAUUCAGCACGACCAAACAAGCCGCAGGCUACGAAGGUAUAGCUUCGACUAACCCUCCUGGCAGCAUCUCCACGUUCGUUUUAAUUAAACACCUUCUCGCAUCUCCUCCCGCAUACGUGACAUCCAACUCUGGAUUUGGAACUUUUGGGCACUUGGUGAAGAGUUGGAGCUUGUUACAGCCCCACAACGUGACGUCACGGCAAUCCAAGAAGCUUUUGCAAACUGCCGAACGGAUCGAGUAGCGCUGCAGCCAACAAACACAUCCCCGGAGGCCGAAAGGGCCUACCCGUCGACAGAGAAAUCAAAAUGGCGCAAGCUGAGGUUCAAUGGCGUUGAACUCCCACGGUGCAAGUGCAAAGGUUGGACAUGACUGCGCCAGCGAACCCGGUGCAAUUUUCUUUGCUGGCCUUCCUGUCCGUGCUGGGCAGUGUGGUGAACCUGGCCACGGCUUGGGCCUUGCUCCGAGACGCACGACUGCGCGGCCGCGCGACCAGUUGCUUCCUGGUCAACCUGUCCCUGGCAGACCUGGCAUUCAGUCUGUUCAACGGACCGCUGGAUUCGGCUGUCUUCUAUUACGGCGGUUGGUCGCACGGUGAUCGCCUCUGCAUCGCGGCCGCCCUGAUGCGCCACGUCGCCGUGGGCAGCUCGCUGGCCAGCAUCCAGCUCAUCACGCUCAACCGGUACACGAGCGUGGUGCGGCCGAGGUCCUACGCCCGGAUCUUCAGCCCCGGCAGCUGCCUCCUGCUGGCGGCUCUCUGCUGGGUCCUACCGGCGGGGCUGCUGCUACCCGCGGCGCUGUCGGUGCCCGGCGCCAGCCUGGGCUGGGACGAGCGGCUCGAGAGCUGUACGGUGAUGCCCAGCCUCGUGUACCGGCCCGUGCUAUACCUGGGAUCGGCGCUGCUGCCGCUGCUGCUCUUCGCCGCCUGCUAUCCACGGCUCUUCAUGGCGCUGCGGCACUCGCGCCGAAGACUCACCUCGCACCUGGGAACGUUGCAGUCUAUAGCGAUGCAGCCUUCGACCAGCGCUCCAGACCUGAGCCGGGAGCCGAUGCAGCCGACGCGCUCAAACUCGAUCUGCGCGGGCCGUGGUCGAGAGCGUCAGCUUCUCGGGGUGCUGGGCGCCAUCCUGUGUUCCUUCUGCAUCUGCUACCUGCCGCUGUUGAUCAGCGUCGGACUCAACCAGACACCGCCGCUCGUUGUGCAGGGUCUGUUCUACGCGGCACCCUGCAUCAACCCGCUCGUUUACGUGGCCAUGAGCCGGGACUACCGGCGGGCAUACGCGGCCCUCUUCUGUUGCGGCGGUGGUGACGGCGGACAGUCGAACGAGGGUUGA